UCUGAGCCACUGUACCCAGCACAAGAAGGGAAGUUUCACACUAAUAGCCGGCACCUAUGUGCCAACCAUGUGAGUGAGUUACUUUUGAGGCAAAUCCCCAGCCUCAGUCCAACUUUCAAGUGACUGCAGUCCCAGGUAACACCUGACUAGACCCUCAUGAGAGAUCCCAAGCCAGUACCAUCCAGCCAAGCCACUCCCGAAUUCCUCAUCCACAGAACCCAUUUUUUUUUUUUUUCUCUUUUUAGGACUGACUGACCUAUGUUCAUUGAUUCAUAGAAACUUUAAGAGAUAGUGUGUUUUGUUUUCAGCCAUAAGGCUUUAGGGUGAUUUGUUAUGCAGCAGUAGAUACCUAGUAUACUCUCCAUAAUAGGACUUCAUAAGUCAGUCUAAUUCUUAAGAAAGGAAUAACAAAUCCAAGAAGUGGGACCCCUGUAAUAAAGCAAUAUAUCUAGAUACCCAGGAUCAUUUUUUAUCUUUUAGUGGUGGGAGACCAAUUCCCCUUUAUGGCAUGGAAAUGCCUGGUGAGGAGGAGCCUGGUAUCUGGAACUGUGUUCAGGAGAAGUAUCAGUGUGAUCGAGGUAAAACAAAGUCUGUCCAUCUUGGCACCACUUUGAUACUGGAGAAAGGCUCCUGUCCAGAAGGAAGGGCACAGUAGAGAGGUACUUGCCAAUGAGUUGGGGAGGGCUGCCACUGACUGGCUGGCUUCAGGAAGUGUUUAUCACUGACUGGCUCAUGUUCAGAAGCUUGGAGUGACGCUGUUGUGUAUUGGUUGAUUUUCAGAGUUACGUGUACUGAUCUAAAAUUAUGUAAAUUAAUGGCAAGUACUUGUUAGUGACUUGGGAUUUUGGUCAAAAAACAGUCUUUUCCUUCCCUGAAUAUGAAAAAUAAGUUCUUUUAAUUAGCAGACUCCCCUCUUCACUGUUUUUUCUUCCUGCAGUCCAACUUACAGAACAGACCAUAAAGGACUGUCCAGAUCAUUAUUUGUGGAAGUAUGAAAUAUAUAUAUUUCAGCCGGUGUUAACAUUUAAGUUAUUUAAGUGCCAGUUAGCAGAAAAAUAGCUCUCACUACGAGUUUUUGUAAUUUAUUGGAAAAAGCUAAAUGUAAGACAUUUAGGGUGUCCUGCCAAAGUCAACACUGGACAAGAUCAUUUAAUAUAGGACAUGUCCUGUAUAUACAGGAUGCCUGGCAACCGUCGCCAGGGUGUUUUGGUUGUUAAAUGAAUCUGUCCUAAAAGGUUCCAUGCACAUCUAGGUCCUUGGAAGGCAGAGGGCUAAAAGGGCAAGUGGAAACCAUGGUUUCCUGAGGACUGCCCAGCUGAGGACCCAAGCAAGAUCCUAGGCUUGGGCCUCUUAGAGAUGACAAAGCAGGCGCCAUUCUCACCUCACCUGCACGGCCCAGGCUUCAGCUCCUGAGGAUCUUGCUUGUCCAAACCCAGAAGACAGUGCAUGAAGCCGGGGGACAUCCGCCAUGCUCCAAGCAACUUGGCCUCAGGAGUCAGUGACCUUUGAGGAUGUGGCUGUUUACUUCACCCAGAAUCAAUGGGCCAGCCUCGACCCUGCGCAGAGGGCCCUAUACGGGGAGGUGAUGCUGGAGAAUUAUGCAAAUGUGGCUUCCCUGGUAGCGUUUCCAUUCCCCAAACCUGCUCUGAUCUCCCACCUGGAGAGAGGGGAAGCACCAUGGGGCCCAGAUCCCUGGGACACCGAGAUUCCGAGAGGCAUCAGUCAAGGUGGUGAGUCCUGGAUCAAAAAUGAAGGGCCAGUUAUAAAGCAGGAAGCCUCUGAAGAAACAGAGUUGCACAGAAUGCCGGUAGGAGGACUUCUCAGGAACGUUUCUCAGCACUUUGAUUUUAAAAGCAAGGCAAUGCAGCAGACUUUCAAUCUAAAUCCAAACCUGAUACUUCGAGGUGGAAUGAAGUUCUAUGAAUGUAAAGAAUGUGGGAAAAUCUUCCGAUAUAACUCAAAGCUCAUUCGGCAUCAGAUGAGUCACACUGGGGAAAAGCCCUUUAAGUGUAAGGAGUGUGGCAAAGCUUUCAAGUCCAGCUAUGACUGUAUUGUACAUGAGAAAAACCACAUUGGAGAAGGGCCCUAUGAAUGUAAGGAGUGUGGCAAAGGUUUGAGUUCCAACACAGCCUUGACUCAGCAUCAGAGGAUCCACACUGGAGAGAAACCCUAUGAAUGUAAAGAGUGUGGGAAGGCUUUCCGUAGGAGUGCGGCCUACCUGCAGCAUCAGAGAUUACACACGGGAGAGAAACUCUAUAAAUGUAAGGAAUGUUGGAAAGCUUUCGGUUGUAGGUCACUUUUUAUUGUCCAUCAGAGAAUUCAUACUGGGGAGAAACCUUACCAGUGUAAGGAGUGCGGCAAAGCCUUCACUCAGAAAAUAGCCUCCAUUCAGCAUCAGAGAGUUCACACUGGGGAGAAGCCUUAUGAAUGUAAGGUGUGUGGGAAAGCCUUCAAAUGGUAUGGAAGUUUUGUUCAGCAUCAGAAAUUGCACCCUGUGGAAAAGAAGCCGGUCAAGGUUCUUGGGCCAUCCCUAGUCAGUCCCCAGUGCCACUCUCCAGCCUUACCUCCUGUUCUUCUCCAGGGAUCCUGUUCUGCUCCAGCUGUGGCUGUGCCUUCACUGACCUUUCCACAUGCUGUGCUCAUUCCUACCUCUGGGAAUUUGUUCAUGCUGCUGCCUACAUCUGGAAUACCUUCUUCAUCUGCCCAAAUAGUGCGUGUCUUCCAGGAUCUUACUCCCACUGUGAAACCUUCCCCAGUUAUUCUCACCCCUUCUUCUCACUCCUCAUGAGCUUUAUCUUGGCAGUCUUAUGGUUCUUAUGCCCAGUAAAUCUCCAACCUAAUUUUUUUUUUUUUGAGACAGGGUCUUGCUCUGUCACCCAGGCUGGAGUGCAGCCGUGUGAUCUUGGCUCACUGCAACCUCCACCUCCUGGGUUCAAGCGAUUCUCUUCCUUCAGAUUCCCGAAUAGCUGGGUUUACAGGCACACAUCACCACCCCCAGCUAAUUUUUGUAUUUUUAGAAGAGACAGGGUUUUGCCAUGUUGGCCAGGCUGGUCUCAAACACCUGACCUCAAGUGAUCUGCCUGUCUUGGUCCCCCAAAGUGCUGGGAUUACAGAAGUGAGCCACUGUGCCCGGCCUCCAACCUAAUUUGAGUUUCAUUCGUAUUUUUUUCCUCACCUUACAUGUGUUACAGCUGUUUCAACAUAAAUUCCAUUAUCAUCUAUAUACAUUUAAAGACCAUGUUUAUAUAAUCUCUUCUGGGUAGAAAAUGGAAAUACUGAACCUUUGCUUUAGUCCCUUUCAGGCUUGAACAACAGUGGCUGUAUCUGCAUCGUGGGGUUGCUGGUGGUAGAACACUUUGGUGUUAGGAAAGUUUGGAAAAGAGGAUAUCCCUGUGUUAGGCCAUUAUGAUUAGAGAUAAGCAGCCUGGGAGAAAUGUACAAGACCUGUGGCUACUGGUAGAGAAUUGGAAUAAGCUUCCAACAAUGGACCGUAGAGAUUAAUGGAGAUUGUUUAGUGGGCCCAUGGCUAGGUGAGGUAUUAAUACGAUUGAAGUUAUGUUGCCCUUGGCACACAUCUUUGAGAAUCUCGUACAUCUAUGCAAAAGAUAGUGUGAAAUAAACAGUAAAAAAAAGAAGUAUAUGUUGAUGGCAGUGAGAGCAAUCAUGUCUGUAAACAUGAAGUUUUUUUCUUUAGUUUUGCUCUUGAUAGCUAGAUGUUUCUUUUAACUUUUAUUUCCUAAGUAAAUAUACACAAAGGCAUUCAUUCAUCUUCGUUGCAUGUGUUUUGUAGAUUUUUCUUGAUGAGCAUUGUUUUUUUUUCUUUGUGAGCACUGGCUUCUAUAUUUUAUUUCAUAUUUAUGAACUGUAAAUAUGAAUUUGAUGAAUUACUAAAGAAAUAAAAGUAAUGGUGUAAAGCCAACUCGAGGGGAAUCUGAAUAAGCCUCCAAAAUUGUUCUUUAGAAACAAAGGGAGCUGUUUAGUGGGUCAGUGGCUAGGCUUAUGUGGUAGGUUAGUGAAGUGGAAUUUGGGAUUGCUCUUGGAAGUGGCUUUGAUGAGGAUCCUUUACAACCAUUCAGAGGACUGUGUGAAGUAGUUACUGGGAAAAGAACUUGAAUUAUGCAUUUAUUGGCAUUAAUGUAAACAUUAAGUCCUAAGCAUUGAUGGAAGGGUCCAUACAUUUUUUUCUUUUGUGCUGCUGUUGCUAUCUAGAUGUUUCUCUGUAACAGUUAAUAGCAAAACCUUUACAUUACUGGUUUUUAAACUUUACCAUGUGCCUGAAUUAUGUGAUGUGCUUGUAAAAAGAAGAGUUUUCUGUCUUGCAGAAAUUCUGAUUUUGGAUAUCUGUGGUGAUGGCCAGAUCUUUAGCAUGGACCAUACUUUAAGAGAUAUGCUUCAGACAGAAAAUGCCCACCCCUCCUCCUUUACCCAGCUUAAACUCUAUGGUCAAUUCUUAAAAUAAUUCCUUUACAGUCUCCCUUAACUCCCUUGCCCUUCUCUUGCUUUGUCAUGCUCGCUUGGCAAAACCUCAUCUCUGACUAAAUACAGUUCUUUGCCUUCUCUGUUCCUGCACCAGAAGUGAUCAAGAGAAAGCCUACUACCGUGCUGAAUUGUCACUUUAAAUUCAUGACCAGUAACUUCAUGGAGGCCCUUAAUGUUUCCUGACGGUCAUACUACACUUUUUGGAGUCCACUUAACUCCCCUGCUUUCCUAGGCCACUACUUUAUACUUCCUCUCUUCUUUAACUUCCAAAACAUCCCUCUCAGUUCUCAUGCUCAGCUGAUGGUUGUUUCUGCCUUCUGCGAGAGAACAGCAAGCUCCAGAAAGUGGCUGUGCCUUCAGCCCCGUGCCAGAAUGAGAACAUAUGGAGCCAACUUGAGUCCAGAAGAGCUGUGGCCACUUCGUUUCGCCCAUCUACUUUUCAGCUUGCAGUAUCUGAUUCUUCACCACCGUAUUCUCAGUCACUUCCACUAAAUAGUGCUACUGUUUUAAGGUUCUGUCACACUCAGUAACCCACUUCUGGUUCCUCAUUCUGUGUCAGUGAUCAGUAGUAGACUGAAGAAUCCACCUUAGAUUUGCUGCAUACUAUUAAUUAGCUUACAAAAUGUCUAAGAGGAACUAAGCUAGGAUGCCACAUAGGCAGAAGCCAGGAAAAAUGACCAACCACAGAACCAACUGGUUCCAGUGGAAACUCAGCAGCUGCUGGUGCCUGCUACUGGACUGCCACCCCCAUUGAAGACAGAGACUGGACUACCAGGAAGGUCGUUUCACAUUCUGUAGUAAAAAUAUCCCCACAAUCAUUUCGGUAGGGUCCUCUGUCUUCAGCUAGGGUGUACCUGCUCAGUGGGAGUUGGUUAUAUAUGUAUGUCCAAGUUGCAGGGGCUUCUGGGAAAUACAGUUUUUGGAUUCUG